CCUGGGGCGGUAGACCCACUUGCCAGCCCCUAGGCGGGCCUAGGACCUCUACUGCCUGCCCAACUUGCCUCUACUAAUUGACCUUAUUAUAGAUUAGUACCAUAAUGCCGGUAGUGGAAAUUCCCGGAAGAAUAUAGAUCUAAAUCUAUAUCGAGAUCUAGUCUUUGGAUCCGGCUAAAUCGAAAUUCAAAGUUGGCAAAACUUUUUGUUUAUAAUGCGUUAAAAAUGAAACUUGUCGAUGAUGUUGUGCGUAGCCUUCGGGUUUCAAAAAUAUUUCGGGAAAAUACAGAUCGAAUUAGUAGUUUAAAUUUUUCAGCUAAUGGAGAAACUUUAAUUACAAGCAGCGAUGAUGACUCUAUAGUAAUAUAUGAUUGUUUAAAUGGCACACCAAAGAGAACUCUAAACAGUAAAAAGUAUGGAGUAGACUUAAUACGGUAUACACAUGCACAGAAUACAGCACUACACUGUUCAACUAAAGUUGAUGACACAAUACGAUAUUUAUCUCUUCAUGAUAACAAAUACAUUCGCUACUUUCCUGGGCACACCAAAAAAGUUGUCACUUUAUGCAUGUCACCUAUUGAUGAUGCAUUCAUAUCUGGUUCAAUGGAUAAAACUAUUAGACUUUGGGAUCUUAGAUCACAAAAUUGUCAAGGUUUGAUGCAUUUGUCUGGACGGCCAGUAGCUGCAUUUGAUCCAGAAGGUCUUAUUUUUGCUGCAGGUGUCAACUCUGAGAGUGUCAAACUUUAUGACCUCAGAUCAUUUGAUAAGGGUCCAUUUACUACUUUUAAACUUCCCCAAGAUAAAGAGUGUGAUUGGACAGGUCUUAAAUUUAGUCCUGAUGGUAAAAUGAUUCUCAUAUCUACCAAUGGCAAUGUCAUACGGUUAAUUGAUGCAUUUCAAGGAACACCACUCCAAGCUUUCAUGGGAUUUACAAAUCAUAAAGGAAUACCACUAGAGGCUUCAUUCACACCUGAUGCAAGAUACGUUUUUUCAGGUUCCACAGAUGGUAAGGUUCAUUGUUGGAGCACAGAGUCUGGAGUUAAGAUGGCCAUACUGCAGUCAGAUCACCCAGGACCCAUUCAGUGCAUUCAGUUCAAUCCUAAAUAUAUGAUGAUGGCUUCUGCUUGUCAAAAUAUGGCUUUCUGGCAACCAGCUGUAGAUGACUGAAGAAACAUUUGUGUGCCAUGGUGUCAUUCAUUCAAGUUCUGUAAUAUAUAACAUUCAGUUUUGCUCCCAUUUUAUAAAUACACAUUUUUUUUAACAAAAUA